AUAGUGGCACUUGUUUUUUUUCAAUCAAAACUUUCAAAAUAAUGACAGCCUUGUUGAUUGGAGGUAGUAAAGAAUGGAAAGGCUAUUUAUUAUUCUUAGCGCUCCGUGUCUAUGGCUUUAGAUUUCGAAUAUUACCUCAUCAGCCCCACCAAAAAUUUGCCCCACGAGCCGCCCCUGUGAUUUCUUAAUGAUUUUUACCACAUCUCGGAACUUUACAUAGCACAGGCUGUUACCCAUACAUCCCAUACAGUGUUGCUUCUAACGACUUGUGCUUGUCUAUGUAGAAUUAGAAAAGCAUUUGCUCCAACGUGAGCGUACAAGGAAGCAAAUAGCCACACAUGUUUAAACAGACGAAUAGAAGACAAAUGCAUUGACUUGAAAAACAACAGUCGACAACAUCCUCCUUGUUUGUGGCCAAAUCGGUGGAAAGUUUAAUCUAAUUAACUUACGGUUCGGAGAAAGAAAGAUGGCGACCAGGCUUGCAAUUGCUAUCCUGAUCAUCUUGCUUUUCUUGCAGAAUUUUGAUCACAGCGAAGGUUGGCGCAGACGUAGACGUAGGCGCAGAUGCUCCCCAUCAAAUUGUGCAGUAAGUGGAUGGUCAAUAUGGUCUGGUUGCUCCCAUUCUUGCGGAUCGCAUGGAACUAGAUAUAGGACAAGAUCUGUCACACGAGGUGCCUCAUGUGGGGGUUCUUGUCCCUAUGGUCUACGAGAGACUGUUUCAUGUAAUCGUGUUUGCUGCCCGGUCAACUGCGUGCAUUCAUGGGGUGUCUGGGGGGCCUGUCAAGGAUGCGGUAACAAUGGGCAACAGACAAGAUCCUUGGUAAUCACGCAAAACUCCAGCUGUGGAGGAACAGGCUGUCCAACAACAAGGUCCCAAACAAGGUCCUGUUUGCCUCCCAGGACAAACGUAUGCAGCUAUCGAUUGUCAUAUUCCCAUCGAUACACUGUGCAGGUCACAUAUGGUGCUUACACUAGCUACAGAACAUGUUGCAGCCACUUCCUCUGGUGUUGGAAAAAAUGCACGCGUUACAGGUGGGUAAGACGAUAUCGAUACGAAGUGCGCUACACAACUAGGUAUAAUACCUAUUAUCGCUGUUGCCAGGGUUGGCGGCAAGGUGCAUGCCUGUCGAGCUGCCUAAGCCCCAUAUGCAACAGUCCCGGAUGUGCUCAUGGAAAUUGCAUUCGACCAAACACAUGCUUGUGUCAUUCAGGGUGGACUAGCCCAUCACAGGGGUGCAAUGUUGAUAUCAAUGAAUGUGCAAAUUCAAAUGGAGGCUGUCAGCAACUCUGCACAAAUCUUCCAGGAACACACAGAUGUGGUUGUAACCGAGGCUACACGCUGAUUGGGUCUACACGUUGUCAAGAUGUCAACGAAUGUGCUACUUCACAUCGACUGUGCAGCUGCGAUGACCAACCGAACAAUCCAUCAUGCAUUGCGUCUUGUAGCAAUACAUUGGGAAGUUAUCGUUGUACUUGCUCGGCUGGCUAUCAAUUACUUCAUCAUGGGCGAUGUAUCGAUGUCAACGAGUGCAUGGCAAACAACGGGCAGUGUUCUCAUACUUGCACCAACUAUCCUGGAACACAUAGAUGCUCCUGUCACAGCGGAUACCAGCUCAACAGCGACGCAAGAUCAUGUUCAGACGUAAAUGAAUGUUCAACCAACAAUGGUGGCUGCGACCACAGCUGCAUCAACACUCCGGGUAGCUUCACUUGCCAGUGCCGAUCAGGAUAUACUCUCGACCCCAAUGGGCGAACAUGCUCAGAUAUUGACGAAUGUGGACUGCACUAUCAUGGAUGCCAGCAUAAUUGCAACAAUUUUCGUGGCGGUUUUUAUUGCAGUUGUAGGAGUGGCUACCGACUCAACAAUGACAAUAGGACGUGUAGUGAUAUAAAUGAAUGUACGGAAUAUCAUCUUUCUCGCGGUGGCCUAAAUUCUACAAUAUCUGGGUGUACGCAAAACUGUCACAACGUCAUUGGAACUUUCCGUUGCAGCUGCAAUCCUGGAUACAAACUAGCAUCGGAUGGUAAAACAUGCUACGAUGUGGAUGAAUGUUUAGAAGGAAGCCACAGAUGUCAUCAAAAAUGCCUAAACACCGUAGGAAGUUACGACUGCCAAUGUCUGCAAGGGUAUAAAGAAAACGCUGAUGGAUAUUCUUGCCAAGCGGUUUCAUGCAUCCGUCAUCCACCUGUAGUGAACGGUAGAGGAACGUGCUUCUUCGGGCAAGCGAACGAAACCUGUCAAUUUCGAUGUCUGCCUGGUUUUCAGCUUCGAGGAUCGCCGGAACGCCGUUGCCAAGCCAAUCACACGUGGAGUGGAUUUAUGCCAAUAUGCACAAGAAAGAACUGCAAGCCUAUAUCACCUCCACCAAAUGGGGGCAUUCAACUGCCGUGUUUAAACUACUACCAAGCGAUCUGUACCCUUCAGUGCAGUCAAGGGUUUUACCCCACCGGUUCUACGCAGCUGAUGUGCAGAGCGACUGCCAAUAACACGAUGUAUUGGCUGAACAAAGCGACUGAGUGUAAAGAAAUCACAAUAUGUGCACCAAAUCCUUGCAAACACGGAGGAAUCUGCAAUGCGAUUGGUUUGAAGAAAUACCAGUGCAACUGCCAACGAACUGGAUACCAAGGGCCGAAUUGUAACAGAGGCAUUGUGACUUUGCCUCUGUUCCCAAUAAUGUACGUUAAUAGAAACUACAGUUUUACUGUCAAAGCCAAGCUUGAUAUUGAACUGAGAAUACUGCUAGCACCUUAUGACGAAAACCUCUCGAUUUAUCCUAAAAAGCUAGUCUUCAAUCAAGCGAAAAAUUCCGCAAACUUCACUGUCCGAGCAACAAUUGCCGGACCUUAUGUCCUUUCUUACAAACUUUACGGCGAUAAUGCGGGUGUAUUUGAUGCACCGAUGAACAGCAUAGUAUUUUUCCGAGAAACAAAUAAGUCUAUGGCAGUAAACAUUAUAAACGACGAAGGGAUUCUUUCAAAGGGGUGUCAUUCUCAGAGCUCGGUUGAAAAAAGAACUGAUGGAACAAGGAAGGCAGGCUUGACUCUAUAUUCAACGGCUCCGUGGCAGCAUCGACCAAACAGCGAAUCAACAGAUGGCAUGGUCCUGAUUGACGUAGAAGGCACUAGCGGUCUACCUACCUCACUUGUCGGCUCUACAAUUACAAUCGAAAGCUUGACUAACAAUAAUUUUGAUGAAUUUGUCAACAAAUACAGAAGAAUCAGAAAUGUGAAUGAGUCAGUUGAAAGCAGAAUUCCACAAUGCAUCUCUGUAAUUCCUUCCAAUGAGUAUUUAGCUGAAGCUAUUGAGCUGAACUCUUUCGCCAAGACCGUAGCUGAAGGGGUAAACAGGCGAACGCCAUCCCUGUUAAAUAUUUUUGUGGAAAAAUCCGCCAAAAUUUUUGACCUAAAAGACCUCGUCGCAAACAUUUACUCUGGAAAUGAAGUCAAAAGGAUUUUCACUAAAUGCAGCAAAGUUCUGCUUGGUAUUGACGAAAAUAAAAAGUAUUUUGUAUUCUUGACGACACAGAGAGUCUUGCUGCAUAUUGCAGAGGAGGAGAUUGAUUUGAAGAGAGAUGAUGUUGUUUGCAUCUUUGAGUCAAUUAAUGGCAACGAGACUUUAAUUGGCUUCCCUGAUUCAGCAAGCGAAUCAGCUGUUUGGGAAUCUUUAACAGGAUUCGCAGGGAUUAUGAAAGGCAUCCACAUUUCAGCUGAAGACAAGAAGCAGAUUUACCGUGUCUUUGGAGAAUACUCUGCAGUACUAUCUACCAAUACAUUCAAGAUGGCCUUUAAACUCAAUGGCGAUAUGCUAAUGGAUACGGAUGAGGCAUUUGAAUUUUUCGUUGAUGGAGUUAAGUCAAUCAAAUCGAUGUCAGCGAAUGGAAAAAUAGAUUUGCAUGUCGAUGACAAUUUUAUGGGUGACAUCGAGAGGACAACAUUCAGCAGCAACGGCUCAGUUACAUUUAAUUCCACGGAUGAAAUUAUGGGAAAACAAAAAGUUGUCCUCGAACUUGAGAAUGUCUCUGGUAGGUCAUCGCGCUAUGUGAUGGCAGGAAGAGUCAAGCUUGAUAAGAAUGUCCAAAUGAAGUAUAUAAUAUGGGCUAAAGUCAGCGGUGGCUUGAUCCUCGGUGCCGUGAAUCUAACCAAUAGUGACAACAUACGCAGUGAAAUGCAUUCGCUCAAUGCAUCAAUUGGACUUUCUCUUCAAGGUGCAAUUACAGCGUACCCAGGGCUGCAUAGGAUAAUCAAUGAUGUUUUGAGAGACUUGUACCUUGCAGUCUCAUCGUCGGAGAGCUUGUCUCGGUAUUGUCAUGAAACGAGAGGCAAAGAGGCUCUUAAAUCGCUUACAAAACUUAAGAGGCAGCUUGAAAGGGUAGACAGACGACUACAAGUUCUGGUUUUGAAGCACAGCAAUAUGGUUGAUUUUCUCGCAUCAAAGCGUAUUUUCGAGAAGGUUUUUACAACCUUUCAUGUUUCGGUCGACAAAAUGGAACAGUGGUUUAAAAAGCUCUUCAAUCGAACGCGUGUUUCGCGAUCCAUUGAGGCCUGCUCUCUGUAUUCUAAAGGAACUCUUUGCUUGGCCCAUCUUUGCUUCAAGAACUGCCACAUUGAGAUAUUGUAUCAGAUCCCGUCAAAAACGAUGGCUGAGCGCUUUAACCUUGCACCAGAUUAUGAAAACGUGACAGCGGUCAUAGGAAAACUUGAAACCGACGCGAUGCUUGGAAAUCAUUUAAAAAUUCCAAAAGGCAAUCACAUCGUCAUCCUGAUAAACAAUACAAAAACAUACUCAGGGUUUUUCAAUGGAUCCAUGGAAAUUUUUGGGCGCAGCACUAAUGUUUCUAUUAUAUUCAACGACAACAAACUUGAAUUCUCAACCAAAGCAACACUUCCAGAUGGCUCCUUGACAACAGUCCAAGUUGUUGCAGAUAUAAAAAAUGUGAUAAGUGGAGAUGAGGUAGUUUUUAAUAUAAAAGGCUUCGUGGCAAACAAUUCUAUAAUCAUUGAAGAUAUAAACAAAGUUUUACACUCAAAGAUUCAUAUGGUAGCGCAAGAUGUGUCUGAAAGAUUGGAAAUAUUAGAAAAAGCGGUGAAUACGUCCAGGAAACACAAGAGUAAAGCAGAUCUCAAUGUGAAGAGGUUAGAAGAAUUAUUCAAGAAAAAAGCAGAAAGGGCCAAUCAAGUUGAAUCAGCAUUAAACAGAACGAAUUCUCAAUACCAGAACAUCAAGCUGGCUUUAAAUGCGAGGCUAAAACAUUAUGACAAUGCUGUUGAAAAUUACACGAAGACAAUCGAGCAAUGUGCACCAAAAGUGUGUUUAAAGAAAUGUGUUCCAGGUUUGGUGACGAAUAUUUGUUAUGAAGAGAGGUAUGAGCAUGUAACGACCCAAAGCUGCAUGUUGCUUUCCAAACAUUUGACAAGAACUGAAAUGCAAGAAGUUUCCACUGAAAAAUCCUACGUAAACUACUUCCCAAAAUACAACUGCUGGACGCGCUGCCCACCUUUAACUGGCUUCUUCAAGAAGGUUUUUGGUAAACGAAAGCGCAGAGGUAUCAUUAGUUUCCUUGCGAAAAAAGCUUUGGAGAAGGUACUAAAAACAGGAGGAGAAAAGGUUUUCGAGUAUCUAGGGGGAAAGGAAGGAGCAAUGGGGGCAAAAAUAGGUGCCAUGUUGCCUGGUCCUUGGGGAAUUGUUGGAAUGCUGGUAGGCGGAGUUAUAGGCAGUGCAUUUGGCAGCUGUGAAAAACUGUGUAAGACAACAAUGGUGCCCAGGGAAAAUUUUUACAUACAUUACGAGUCAGUAAAGGUUACAAAAGUCAUCGAUUAUAAGGAACGUCAGUGUGAUGAUGUCGUGAUUCGGCAAAAGCUUGGUUACAAAGAUGGUUUCGAAUGCUCUAGCUAUUCAAAUUGCUCCAAAAAUUUGGUGGAUGUGGAGUGCGUGCAACGUAAUUAUCACUGUCGAUCGCUCAGAGGAGUGCUUAAGGAGAAGAUCAAGCAUAUAUUAGGUGCUGGAGACAUGUUUGAGGACUAUGAAAGAUUGAGCUUGUUGAUUGAGAAUUUGGAAAUGCAGCAAAGAAUGGCGAUCAAGGAACGACGUAAUGUACAUCAAAGCUUUCUCGCUGCAAAAGCAAUCGCCUUGAAUUCUAAUUAUACGUAUUUGUUAUCAAUGAAGUCCUUGGCAAAUUUGAAUCAUAUUCUGGCAACAGAAAUGCAUAUUCUAGAGUUAACAAAACGUCUCGGUAGCCAUCCAGUCUCAGUUCAAAAUGGCCAUUACAAGUUUGUCACUUCAAAAGGAACUGUGGCAACAAACAUGAUUGCCUUGCAGAUGGAUGUCGUGAGAAAAGAUGGGCCCAACUCUCUGGCUAUAGCUUUAAUAGACUUUAAACGGAUGAAUGUCAGCAUAAGUGAAACAGUUAAUGAAAUUAUUAAAUUGAUUCCAAAUCUGAAAGCACGCAGAAGACGAUCGGUUGGUUCAGAUGCAGAAGUAAGUGUAUCUGUGGAUGAAAUGUUUCGCAAUGCGACCAAAACCAAAUGCAAACUGAUGGAGAGAAACAUUUUAUAUUUGUUUGAGAUUGCAAAUAUGUUUACCGUCGGUGUUCAUCAAUUUGAAAAGAGUAACCUAAGCAUUCAUAACGCAGAAUUGUCUGAACAGAACUUCACCAGAUCAACACAAGACAUUUUAGCAAACACUUCAGUAUGCCACGAUAAAAACAGCAGUUCAUGCUCCAGUGACUGGUUGGCCUCUCUUUACUCAAAUACCACUCAAGACUCGAACGGACUGGGCGGCUUUAAUAAUACGUGGGCUUCUCCUGACCAACUGACAACAACUGCCUUACCUGUGACAACGACUGCCUUGCCUGUGACAACGACUGCCUUGCCUGUGACGACAACUAGCCAAGAUGCAACCAAAGUGCCAGUUGAAUCACAAACCUUCAGUGACAUGCCGAAGAAAGAUUCAACAACGUAUACAACUGUGGCAUUUAAGGGGACAAAGUCGGCUGUAGAAAGUUUGGAAAAAGGAAUGGAUAAGAAAACAAUAUUGCUUAUUGUUGGGUUCACUAUUGCUGGAAUUAUUUUGUUUGCUGUUGUCAUUAUAAUUAUAAUUGCGAUGAGACGACGAGUGUCAAAUCAAAUCAAAGCCGAUAUGCAGAUGAAAACUUGGUACAUCGAUGACGAGAUUGAGGACAACACUCCAGACACCCACGAUGAAAUUCACAUUGGCUAUAGUUUUGGGAAUCCGAUGUACGAUAGUCAAGUAAAAUCUGCGGUCAUAAUGGAAAAUGAAAGAUGCGGUGUUGAAAAGACAUUAAGUGAAUGCUAG